AUGAACCCUAGCGCUACACUGUUGCAGAUCGGCCGCCAUGCCUUGGAAGCACCUUCAACCAUCGCGAGACGUGAAGUUAGAGGGAAACCCCUGAGGGCCAUGAUGCACGACGUGUACAUCGUGCGUGAGCCGGGAGCCAUCGUAAUUGCUCAGGAUAGAAGUCGGAGUGUAGCAGCAACAUUUAUAGGAUAUGUUCGCCACCCGAGGUGUUUCUCAGGAUCACGGGAAGGCGACGGAGACAAAAAGUGCAUGGAAUCCAUACAGCAAAAAAGGAUUCUAUGUUGGGCCAAUUAUAUUACUGUCGUUGCUAUACGUAGAAAGUGUUCAAUGCGAAGAUUGUACGAGGCAGACCAACAAUAUGUUUUUGGAAUGUUGAUAAACUGCGUGACCGAGAAAGAGUAG